AUGCUGCCCUGGAAGAGGCACAAAUUCGAGCUGCUGGCCACGGACGAGGAGGGCCCGCAGCAGCCGCAGCGCCCCGGGCUGGCUGCACCCCUGCCCUGUUCCGCCGCCCUGGGCUCGCUGGCCCGCGCCUGCCCGGCCGAGAGCGCCCUCUCCAGGAUGGGCAGCCUGUUCCGCUCCAAGCGCAAGAAGUUCCGCGUGAGCAGCGAGGCGCCCACCUACACGGCGCUCUACCUGGGCAACGCCACCACGCUGCAGGCCAAGGGCGAGGGCUGCACCGACGUGGCCGUGGCCAAGAUCUGGGCCAAGAGCGAGGCCGGCCGCCACGGCACCAAGAUGAAGCUGACCAUCGGGCCGCAGGGCAUCCGCCUGGCGCCCGCUGUGCCGGCCGAGGCCGCCUCCCGCCCGGGCCACCUCUACCUGCUGCACCGCGUCACCUACUGCGUGGCGGACCCUCGCCUGCCGCGCCUCUUCGCCUGGAUCUACCGGCACGAGGUGAAGCACAAGGCGGUGCUGCUCCGCUGCCACGCCGUGCUGGUCUCGAAGGCGGAGAAGGCCCGCGCCAUGGCGCUGCUGCUGUACCAGACGUCGGCGGCGGCGCUGGCCGAGUUCCGCCGCCUCAAGAAGCGCGCCGACGCGCGGCACCAGCAGCUGCAGCAGGUGGGCCCUGGGGCCGACGGCGCCAUCCCGCUGGUGCCGCUCCGCAAGCUGCUCCUGCACGGCCCGGGCGGCUGCUACAAGCCGCCCGUCGAGCGAAGCCGUAGCGCGCCCAAACUGGGCUCCAUCACCGAGGACUCGCUGGGCGAGGAACUGGAGGAGCGCGCCGCCGGGCCGGCCUGCGCCAACGGCGCCCAGGACGAGGAGUGCGACGGCGCCCAGGACGAGGAAGACGAGCUGCUGGCCCCCCUGGGGCAGCUGAUCUGCGGCCUGGGCGAGCUGGCCAUCGGCAACGACGUGGCGCUUCUCCGCGCCGACCUGCGCGUCACCCGCCUGCUCUCCGGGGAGAGCACCGGCAGCGAGUCCUCCAUCGAGAGCAACGGACACGAGGGCGGCGGCGGCGGCGGAGGAGGAGGAGGGGGAACAGGGGGCUCCUCACCCCCGCCGCCCUUGCGGUCCUGUCACAGCCCGGAGCCCGACUGCGGCUGA